UUGCGUAACACUAUAAAGCAUAAACAGCUGAUAAACCCUAAAAAGAAAAUAAAAGAAAACUACAAUGGCAGACCUUCUUGUAGAUCAACCCCAGGAAAUCACCAUCUCCAAAACCUUCCCAACUAAACCAAAGCUAAAAGCCAAACCGAAAACCCCAUCAAAAACCCCUGAAUCCAAAUACUGGUCUUCCUUCAAAUCCCACCAAAUUUCAAACCUCAUCUCCUCCAUCCCUUCCAUCGAUUUCUCACCUAUAUCCCCACACCACUUUGCCGCCGCCAAUUCCGCCUCCCUCACUCUCUUCUCCUCCCACACACUCUCUCCCGCCUCCACCAUCUCCUCCUCCGAUGUCGUCACCUCCUGCUCCUUCCGAUGCGACGGCUCCCUCAUCGCCGCCUCUGAUCUCUCCGGCCUUAUCCGGGUAUUCGAUGUCAAGACACGAACGCCACUUCGUCGCCUGCGGUCCCACGCCCGCCCUGUUCGUUUUGUCAAGUACCCGUUACUAGAUAAGCUCCAUUUGGUGUCUGGUGGUGAUGAUUCUGUAGUUAAAUACUGGGAUGUUGCUGGACAGAGUGUGGUUUUGGACCUGUAUGGUCACAGGGACUAUGUGAGAUGUGGUGAUUGCUCUCCAACUGAUGGAGAGAUGUUUGUCACUGGGUCUUAUGACCACACUGUGAAGCUGUGGGAUGUGAGAGUUGAUAAUAAAGAAUCAGUUAUUGAAGUGAAUCAUGGAAAUCCUGUUGAGGAUGUGAUUUUUUUGCCUUCAGGCGGAAUGGUUGCUACGGCAGGAGGGAAUAGUGUGAAAAUAUGGGAUUUGAUUGGAGGAGGGAAGAUGGUUUAUUCUAUGGAGAGUCAUAACAAGACUGUUACUUCUAUUUGUGUUGGGAAAGUAGGGAAAGAGAGUGGAGAGGAGGCUUUGCAGUAUAGGAUUUUUAGUGUGGCUUUAGAUGGUUAUAUGAAGGUUUUUGAUUAUGCAAAAAUGAAGGUUACUCAUUCCAUGAGGUUUCCUGCCCCGCUUAUGUCAAUUGGAUUUUCGCCGGAUUGUAUGACUAGGGUUAUUGGGUCUUCCAAUGGGAUUAUAUUUGCCGGGAGGAGGAAGGCAAAGGAGGAUGUGGGAGAGAGUAAAGUAGGGAAUUUUUGGGCGCUGGGCAGUGUAGAGGAACCGCAGAGGCGGGCUUUGAGGCCAACUUAUUUUAGGUAUUUUCAUAGGAGUCAAGGGGAGAAGCCAAAUGAGGGGGAUCAUUUGAUAAUGAGGCAAAAGAAGGUGAAAUUGGCUGAGCAUGAUAAGUUGUUGAAGAAGUUUAGGCAUAAAGAAGCAUUGGUUUCAGUUUUGGGUGGGAAGAAUACAGAGAAUGUGGUGGCUGUGAUGGAGGAAUUAGUGGCGAGGAGGAAGUUAUUGAAAUGUGUUGUGAAUUUGGAUGAUGAGGAGCUUGGGUUGUUGUUGGGCUUCUUGCAUAAGCACUCGACCAUGCCAAGACAUUCUGGUUUAUUGACGGGGUUGACUAGAAAGGUACUCGAGAUGCGGGCUGAAGAUAUUAGAGCUUCUGAUGCUUUGAAAAGUCAUAUUAGAAACCUUAAAAGGUCGGUUGAAGAGGAGAUCAGAAUUCAACAUUCACUACAAGAGAUACAGGGUGUAAUUUCUCCUUUAUUGAGAAUUGCUGGGAGAAGAUAAAACUUGAAAUGGGUUAUAGUUCGUUGUAAGGUAUUCUAGUGUUAUGAAAUGCUGAGGUUGUCAUUAUUAAACCUUGGCUGAGGUUGUCAUUAGUGAAGUUCAGCAAUUUUGUGGCAUUUAUGUUCUUAUUUGGAUUCUUUUCAAAUUUUGAGAUUAGUAUUGUUGUUUUAAUCAGCAGUUAUGUUCUUUCUCUAAUUGUAAUUGUGGUUACACAAGAUGGUGUUUACCCAUUUUUGAAUUGAAAUGUCUUUCCCUUCAAAUUAUCCGCAGAAGAGAUGGGAAAAAAACUGUGUUUCAAUCCUAAUUUAAUAUUAGAAGUGCUUUCACUGUUAGAACUA